AUGAAAGUAAUUAAAUUUAUAUUGCUUUUAUGCACGCUUUUGGCCAAAGACAUUUCAUCUUCUGGUCUUGUAACGGCUUUGCCCCAUCCCACUUCUGCUUCUCCUGUUUCUCUAGGUUUAUUAUAUGGUCGAGCAGAUACGGACGUAACUGAAGGAAAAAUUGGAGGCGAAUGGAAAAUAGUUGGAAAUUCGGGUGUUGAAGCUAUGCACAUCGCUGUUGUUUCCCAUAAUGAAAUAGUGAUUAUUGAUAAAGUUGAAGCGAAUCCCAUCAAGCAAGCAAAUGGUAAUCCGGCGAUUUCGACUUUAUAUAAUAUUGAAACUAAUGAAUACCGAAUUCUCAACCUGGAUUCUGAUACAUUUUGUACGGCGGGUUCAUGGUUUAGUAACGGAACGCUCCUUCACGCGGGUGGAGCCGAGAACCAAUUCGGAUAUAAUGAAGGUUAUCAGAGCAUAAGAUUUUUCACGCCCGGUGAUGGUGCGGAUUGGUCCGAAAUCCCAGGAGGAAUGACCUCACGCAGAUGGUACCCAGCCAUGGCCACUCUUCCAAGUGGAGACGUGCUGGUUUUUGGAGGUGCAUAUAAGGGAACAGGAAAAAAUAAUGCCGGAAUUAAUAACCCAACAUAUGAAAUUUGGCCCGCAGCAGGAGGAGUGCCCGAAAAAGCUUUUGAUAUGCCCUUUUUAACAGAAACAUUGCCAUAUAAUCUUUACGCAUUUUUGCAUGUUAUGCCAAAUAAUGAGGGAAAACAAAUUGCAUUCGUAUUCGUGAAUAAGCAGGGCAUUCUUUAUGACUUUGAUACCGCUACCAUCUUGAAAAGAUUACCGGAAAUGCCAGGUGGACAUCGAUCUUACCCAUUAACCGGCAACUCGGUUUUAUUACCACUUAACCCACCAUAUUAUAAACCUAUCGUUAUGAUUUGCGGAGGUAAUACUGAGAUGGAAAUUGAAACACUGUCCGAAGCGUCAUGUGGUAGAAUUGAUCCAACCGAAGAUAAUCCUCAAUGGGAAAUGGACGAUUUCGGUGGUGUUGGUCGUGUGAUGCCAGAUUCUGUUAUUAUGCCAACUGGAAAAAUCUUAUAUUUAAAUGGAGCCGGAGCAGGUUUCGCUGGAUAUCAUCGUGGUCCAAAUACUAAUCCACUUUAUGUUGCCAUUAAACCGGUAUUGGCUCCCUCAGUUUAUGAUCCUGAAACGAAAGAAUGGUCUCGAUUUGCUCCAUCAACAAUUCCAAGAAUGUAUCACUCUGUUGCCACUUUAGUAUCCGAUGGAAGAAUCUUCGUAGCCGGUAGCAAUCCACAGGGUGAUGUUUAUACUGAAUCUGAAUUCCCCACCGAAUAUCGUGUUGAAAUGUUCUCACCACCAUACUUGUUGACUGGAUUAGUACGUCCAAAGAUCACCAGCGUUGGAGAAUAUACAGAACUAAACACUCAACGAAUUCCAGUAUCAUAUGGACUAAAUGUUGAGGUUACAGUUAUAUCAGGGCAAGAUGUUCCAAAUUUCAAAGCAGUCGUAAUUCAUCAUGGAUUUGUUACACAUUCAAACCAUUUCUCACAAAGAUUUGUUUCGUGUAAUAUUAUGUCUGCAAAAUACCUUAAAAAACGGGACACCUCAAUACUAUUAACUGUUGAAAUGCCACCAUAUUCGUCCAUACUUCCUCCAGGUCCAAGUUACCUCUACAUUCUUGAUAAUGAGGUUCCAGCUGAUGCUGCCGUUGAACUCUUACUUAACUAA